UGUUAUUUAGUUUUUGUUGUGGUAUUUACUUCCUUCGGGGCCUGUGUUUGUGGGUUAAAAAAUGACGUAGUUGUACAUUAUUCACUGAUUUCGUAACCGUACGUUUUGGUACGGUUGCGAAUGCGAGCUGAAGAUUUGUCUGAAGCUCGUUUAUGCAAUAUGCAUCAAUAUAAGUAACUUUUAAUCGUGAAUAUAGGAGAAUAACCAUGGAGGAUGAAAUUAUUCUGAUUGAACGGAAUAAAAAUUCCAAGUUUAAAGUUACUGUAGAACCCAUAGGAUUUCUGUUUCUUGUCGCCUCUGUUAUACAGGGUGUUGUGAUCCAAAAUUUAUAUCUUGAAAAAACAUGUUACAUAAAUUUUCAACUCAACUCUUCUGAGUGUACUGCACAGCAUAAUCAUACCAGUGAAACUGGCUCAGAACAUUCGACAGAAAUUCAAAAAUAUGUCAGUGACCUCAACAUUUACGGCUCUCUUAUUGAAAACAUUCCAUCCAUUAUUUUUGUUUUAUUUCUUGGACCUUGGAGUGAAAAAAAUGGAAGAAAAGUACCCAUGUUAGCUCCGCUGAUAGGUCAUCUGUGCUCUGUUUCGUUGUACAUUUUGAACUAUUAUUUCACAACAUGGCCAGCAGAGUACAUAUUAUUUGCAAGUAUCCCAUGUGGCCUGUUUGGAGGUUCUGCAACACUACUAAUGGCUUUGAACAGUUACAUGGCAGACAUUACUACCACUCAAUCUAGGACAUCACGCAUUUCAAUAAUGUACGGCUCAAUGUCGAUAUCGUACCCUAUCGCUAACUUUGCCAGUAUUUAUAUUUACACUUAUGGUGGCUAUUUUGCCAUAUGGGGAACAUCUCUGGGAUUGGGUGCAAUCGCACUUCUCUACACCAUUUUUCGGAUCAAAGAUUCACGGGGUCGUGAAUCAGAAGACGAACAAGUAGAAGGUUCAUACUCGCCUAGUGUUAAUUUCGCGCAGGACGACGAACAGCUUGUUGCCUUACAUACUGUCCGAUGCCGUUGCAGUCCGGUAGCUCUCAAUCUGUGGGAAUGCUUCACUGUUACAUUUCAACCGCGUAACGGUUACAAGCGAGCCUGCCUAUCAAUUCUUUUGGCAUCAAUGUGUCUUUACGUUUUCCAGAUACCGGGAUCCAUUACGUACCUUUACACAAGAAAGUUAUUUGGUUGGGACCAACCUGAGUUUGCCUUGUUUUCAACCAUUUCCAGCUUGACAGCUGUUCUUGGCAGCUUUUUUCUCCUGCCGUUGUUGAGUUCUUACUUUGAGAUUCGUGACUGCCUAAUUGGUAUUUUCGCCAUUUUGGGUUACAUCGCAAACUGUCUAAUGGUUGCCUUUGCGGUGUCUCCAUUAAUGAUUUAUUUGGCCUCUAUUGGUAACGUGUUGACGGCCAGCAUUGGAGUAGUGAUUCGUUCAAUGAUCUCUAAACUCGUGCUUAGUGAUGAAUUGAGCCACGUUUACUCCGUAUUGGCCUCCUUCGAGUCUCUGGUGCCUUUGAUUUCAACUUCUACAUAUAACUUGAUCUAUAAGGCUACCAUCGAGCUCUUUCCGGGCUGUGUCUUCAUUGUUUUUGGCAGCCUGCUUUUCGUGUUGUUGAUACUUCUCUCGGUGGUUUUGCUACUGCAGUGGAAGGAAAAAAACACUCCGGUAUUUUUCAAUUCAGAGGAUCUGGAUAUAAUCGAAGCGCGCGAAGCCUAAAACCAUCAAGUAAAACAAAAUGCAUAAUCUUCUGUUAUAUUUUUUGAAACAUUAAUUACCUUCAUCGUCCCGGUGAUAUGUUGCUUUGGAUGAUCCUUAUGGAUUUAUAUCCCAUAGCAUCAUAAGAAAAUUUUGGUUUUAAUUAAAAGCUCCUCAAAUUCAGAAACUGUGAAACCAGGCAUUAACAACUGGUUGAAACGCUCAUGUUACUUUUAUUGCCACAAACUUCUUCCGUUGUGAAUUUGUUUCAUAGAUUCAUGAAAUGUUCUUUUGAAAUCAACCUCGAGUACCAAAAUGUAUGGCAAACCAGUUACGUUUUUAA